CAGCCGUAGUGCAUGCCAGUGAGCAAGGAUGCUGUCUUGAUCGCCUUGGCCACUGCAGGUCUGAUCUCCAUCUCAGUCCAGGUUCUGCAGAGAUGGAGGAGGGGUGAAGAACUCUUUACCUCCUGGGCAGUCCCAGAUGGCCGCUGGCGAAAGAUUGCUGAUGGGAUCGAGGGCCUCAUUGGAGAUACACCUCUUGUCAGGAUCCGCAGCCUGUCAGAGCAGACCGGAUGCGAGAUUCUGGCAAAGGCAGAGAUGCUGAAUGUGGGAGGGAGCGUCAAGGACAGAGUGGCGCUCGAGAUGGUGCAGGAGGCAACGGCAGACGGCCGCCUCAAGCCGGGGGGUCUCAUCACAGAGGGGACAGCAGGCAGCACAGGGGUGAGCCUUGCCAUGGUGGCAGCCUCGGCCAACUGCCGCUGCCGCAUCGCGAUGCCGGACGAUGCGGCCGAGGAGAAGUCCGCGCUCCUGCAGGCGCUCGGCGCAGAUGUGCGGCGCGUGCGGCCGGUCUCCAUCACGCACCCGGGCCACUUUGUCAACGUCGCCCGCCGGGAGGCAGCGGCAGAGCCCGGCAGCGCGCUCUUCGCAAAUCAGUUUGAGAACCUGGCGAACUUCCGGGCGCACCUGCGCACCGGGGCCGAGAUCUGGCGCCAGACGCACGGCCACCUGCAUGCCUUUGUGUCCGGCGCCGGCACCGGGGGGACGAUUGCCGGCGUCUCCAGCUACCUCAAAUCCCGGGACCCCCGCAUUCAGGUAAUGCUGGUGGAUCCUCCUGGGUCAAGCCUGUUCAACAAGGUGAAGCGCGGGGUGCUGUACGCGCGUGAGGAGGCCGAGGGGAAGCGGCUGCGCAACCCCUUUGACACCAUCACCGAGGGCAUCGGCAUCAACCGCAUCACCGCCAACUUCUCCCUCGCGCAGGUUGAUGAUGCGUUCAAGGGGAGUGACAGGGAAGCGGUGGAGAUGGGGGCUUACCUACUGCGCAACGACGGCCUGUUUGUGGGCAGCAGUGCGGCCAUGAAUUGCGUCGGGGCCGUCAAGGCGGCGCGCGUGCUCGGGCCGGGGCACACCAUCGUGACGGUGCUGUGCGACGGUGGGCAGCGCCACCUCAGCAAGUUCCAUAACCCUGACUACCUGCGCCAGCAUGGCCUCGCGCCCGAGUGCACCGGCCCCGACCUGAGCUUUGUGGAGUGACCUCUAGAUAUCCCAGAUCUGUGGGUUUCCGGGCGCUGCCAAGGUCUUUGAGUGUUUCUUGAGACUCUGGUCGCUGUGCGGCAUGCCUGUGGUGCCACACUCUUGAUCAUGAAUGGGCCGGAACAAAUGGGCUUGCAUGGACUCUUCCUACCUUGGAAGCCUACUGAGUAGCUGCAGGUAGCUGCUGGCUGCCGAGCUUGCUUGGGACAAAUACAAGCACUGCCUCAAGCAUUGGCGUGAUCAUAGAGAUGUAAGAAUGUGAAGUGCUGCUUCAAGCCAGUGUGCAGACAGAGCCAUUGUCUGCUCAAAACCUGUAUCCUGAUGGUCAUUCAUCAGUCAUGCCACGUGUUCCGAGAGUUGUUCCGGGCAUUCAUGCGUUUAGUGCUGGAUGAAGCGAUCUCAACGCACUGGAUUUGUUUUGAUACAAUCCUCUGAAAAGAUUUUACUGGAUC